AUGGAAGGUUAUUUUACACAAAUGCAAAAGAUAGUAGACAAACGUUUAACUAGCUCUAGGAUCCGGUUCAUGUUGCAAGAUGUCAUAGAUUUAAAAAGGAAUGAUUGGUUUCCUAGAAGAAAUGUAAAUAAUCCUAAAACUAUUGAUCAAAUUCACAAGGAUGCUGAAUGUGAAGCACCUGGACAACAACAGAAUCUACAGAACAUGUCCUUCCAAAAAAAAGGAAAAUGAGGAACUUAGAAGAAGUGUCCAAGGAAUCCUUAAUAAACUCACGCCACAGAUGUUUGAAACUCUGUUGACUCAAAUCAAAAAUCUUAACAUCGACACUGAGGAAAAAUUGAGCACGGUCAUUGAUUUAAUAUUUGAGGAAGCUGUGGCCGAGCCAAACUCCAGUGUCCCCUAUGCAAACAUCUGCAAGCAUUUGGCAUUGAUUAAAGUGCCCACUAAGAAUAAGGACUAUGUGAAUUUCCGUAAAGUUCUCUUAACAAAGUGCCAGAAAGAAUUUGAAGAGGGUAGAGGGGAUGAAUUGAAAUACGAGGAAAGGGUUAAGGCUCUGGAAGAAGCUGCUCCAGAAGAAAAUAAAGAGUUAGAGCAGGAAAUGUAUGAUGAAGAUAAGACAAUGAGAUAUAGGCAGCUUGGCAAUACAAGAUUUAUUGGUGAACUCUUUCGCCUUGGAAUGUUAACUGAACCUAUCAUGCAUGAAUGUAUAAAGAGGCUCAUCUCCCAAGGAGAUGAAGUAUCACUUGAGUGUUUGUGUCAAUUGCUGAAAACAAUAGGUAAAGAAUUAGAUGAUCGAAGAGUUAAAGGUUUAAGAGAAAGAAUGAUGGAAAAUUGUUUCUUACAAAUACAAAAGAUAGUAGACAAACGUUUAACUAGCUCUAGGGUCAGGUUCAUGUUACAAGACGUUAUAGAUUUAAAAAGGAAUGAUUGGGUUCUACGGGACAUGUCCUUCCAAAACAGGGUACCUGAUCACCGAGACAGAAGAAAAAAUACUGCUCGAAACAUGGGAACAACAUGGGGGUGGACGUCUUCUACAAAAAGUAGUAAAGGCAGCUAUAGUCUUGUUGAUCCUAAUAAAUUAAAACUGUCCAAGGUAUGUUCAUUUUGUUAAUUGUACAUAAGUUAC